AUGAAGGUUCUGACUGUACUAUGGACAUUAUGCCUGGUGAGGUUUUGUAGCGCAAUUUGGUGUUGUGGAAAGAGUAAAACCAGCGAUGACGAUAAUGGAGUUUAUGGUGGAUCUGCGGAAAAUCUCAGAAGUCCACCUACACCUGUCACUACUAUUCCAAAUACUUUAGAUCUUGCCAAACCGAAUGAAUCCAAGGUAAAAGUAUACAAAGAUAGUAAGAAUGGAGUGGAACAUACUACAUAUGAUCCGAAACGUGGUUCCAAAAUAACAUCUGUUGUUGACGGUGAUAGGGAACUGUGGAAAUCUUCUGGAAAUGAAGAGUGUGUAUUAGCAAAAUUUCUAUCAAAGGGCGGAAACUCUCCACUACUUGUACUCUUUCUUGCAAAUGGUUACGUGUACUUUGAAAAGAAGGCUGAUGGUUGGACAUCCAUCAAGAAAGAAGAUUAUGAUAAGAAACUAAAUGAAAUGAGAAAUUAUGCAUCUCCAUCAGCAACUCCUCAAGCUUCUCAGGAAGCUCCUGAUUCCACUUCAGAGUCUCUAAAACAUACAGAACAGGGCCCUACCACAAAAUCACAAUAUAUUCCUCAACUUGAACCUGAGUCUUAA